AUUCCCAGCUCAAUCCUCGUCGUUGUCGUCACCAAUGUCACUAUUUGUUCCUAAAAGUUUAACCUCACUUCGUCAAACUUAAUCUUUGCCGUCUUUCUGAAGCUAAAUUUUGUUCCCCUUUUUUAAAAUUCUGAUUCGUCGCUAGUUAAUUAAGGGUUGGCUAAUUUUGCUCGGAGACUUUUUUAUUCAACGGAGUAACUGAUUCUAUGAAUAUCAUGUCCGCCUAAAUCAGUUUUGUCAAUUUCCAGAUCUCAUUCUUCGAAACAAACAAACCCAAAAGACUAUUAAGAGGGUGAUGGAUAGAAAUGCAAUUACGACAGCGAUUUUGGUGUUCUUAGUCGUCGCCGAUGUUUCCGAUGCUUAUCCGUUUUGGAAGUUUCGAUUCUUAGCCGAUGAAUCUUCAACGAAGAACGACACGACCGCCGCAAUGCCGCCAAGUUCUCAAUCGCCAACCAAGAAAUUGGAUCCAGAACCGGAUGGUCAAUCGAAUUUGGAUCCGAAUCCGUUGAAUAAAACGGAUUCCGUAAUUCAACCUCCUGUGGACAAGAAGGAUCUUAAACUAUCAGAUCAACCCGGGAAAGUGAUUCCACCUUCUCCCCAAAAGGGAACAGAUAGUGGAACCAAUUCGAAUUCAACUUUAAAUUCGACAAAUGUUAAACCAAAGGAGGAUAACGAGGAGAAGAAAAAUAAUGCAAGUAGUAGAAACAAUUCAACUUCAAAUUCCACCAAUGAUAAAGCAUUGAAGGCUAAAGAGGAGAAGAAAGAGAAUACAGAUACUGGAAAGAAACCAAAUAGCACGGGGACUGAACAAGCAGAUGUGUUAGAGGAGGAGAAGAAAAAUAAUGCAAGUAGUAGAAACAAUUCAACUUCAAAUUCCACCAAUGAUAAAGCAUUGAAGGCUAAAGAGGAGAAGAAAGAGAAUACAGAUACUGGAAAGAAACCAAAUAGCACGGGGACUGAACAAGCAGAUGUGUUAGAGGAGGAUAAGAAUAAGAAGAAGCCGACUGAGGAUGGAAAUGAGACUCAGUCAGGGAUUGCCGAGACAUGUGAUGGGGUAGCUAACAGCUGCAAAGACAGCAACUCGUUGACUGCAUGCAUUAAAGGGUUUGAAGCUGGGUCCAAACAUCGGGUUGUUCUGGUCCAUAAUAGUGGAGGAAAAAAUUUGAAAGUCAAUGUUGUUGGCCCUUCUGGGGAAUCUUUUGUGAAGGGACUUAAAGUACCAAAACAUGAAACUCAAAAAGUCAAUAUAUCUUUGACUAUUAGCGAAACCGGUGAGCUAUUGGUAAGUGCUGAAAAUGGAAACUGUGUUCUACUCAUGAACCCUCUUGCAUCCAAGGGGAACCCUUUCUUAAACCUUCCUUCUUAUGACAAGUUGCUGACUCCGGUAAAUGGAGCAUACUUCUUGAUUGCAACAGUUUUAGUUUUCGGAGGGUCUUUGGCUUGUUGUAUGUUUAAGAAGAAGAGUCAGCAUGACAGUAUACCUUACCAAGAGCUAGAAAUGGGAUUACCAGAAUCCAUGGCAGCGACUGAAGUAGAAACAGCUGAAGGUUGGGACCAGGGUUGGGAUAGUGAUUGGGAUGAGGACAAGGCAGUGAAAUCACCAAUGGGCCGACGCAAUGUACCGAAUAUCUCAGCAAAUGGGCUAACUACGAGAUCAUCAAACAGGGAUGGCUGGGAAAAUGACUGGGAUGAUUAGACUUUUUUGACAAGGG